GAGAGAGAGGAGAGAGCAGCAAGAAUAUUCUUCGUAAUUAAGUCCCGCCGCUCUUCCUCAACUGGAUGCGGCGCGGCGCCGUGGUGAGAUGAGGACACGAGUCUACGGUAGCGCGAGAGCGAGAGAGAAAGAGAGAAAGAACUAUAAGACAGCCCCCGCGGAGAACGUGGUAGGCGAAGAAACGCAAAGGAAGAAGCGGCGGAGCGAGCGAGCGAGAGGAGAAGGAGGCGAAAAAAGGAGGCACGACGAUCGAGCAAUAAAUAAUACAGGGAGGAAAAAGGCGAUCGCCUGCAACAUUCUGCUCAAAUGUUAAAUAGGUAUCAAUUUAACAGCGACCAAUGCGCGCGCCCGUGGGCGUACAACGCCGCCGCGGGAUUGGCCGGCCGCCCGACGGUGGGCAGGAUCGGGCGAUACGUACGUCGCGAGUAGGCAACGCGUCUCGCCGUCCUCUGGUAGGGAUAAACCACCUGGUUUCGCCGGUACCCUCACAAACGUCCCGUCUCUCUCGACGCGACCGACCCGGAUUUCACGCACUCGCCGACACUCUCCGGUCAAACCGAGGGGACCGAGUUUCAACGAAAACGGAGAACGGACCAGGGGAUUUCCCUUCCGUUCGGGUAGUAAAUCGCGCGAGAUACCUGUUAUGUUUUCGAUCAAGUGCGAAAUUCUUGGCGCCGUGCGUGGUUCUCGUCCGUGAAGUGUCUCACCCUGGAGAAGCUGCUCUCUUCUGGACUGCACCCGCCGCAAGCAGAAGGACCUGUCGAGAAUCGUCCAGUUUAGUGUGAUCGGAGUUUUUUCCGGGAGUCUCAAAGAAUUUUUCCCAGCACAGCGGAACGUUUCCAACUGCAGGCGUUAAGUGAUCAGUUCACUGUAGAGAUAUCUUUACAAAAUGACGGAAAGACCAGCCUCGAAAGAGGCUCGAUGGUCUCCGGUCUAUCUUAUCGAACAGAGACGUCAUUCACGGAUGGAUUUUAGUUUUUGAAGACGGAAAUUGGUGCAUCGACAGAUACGAAGUCGUUGCAUAUCAAGAAGAACCAAUGGCUAAUCGAGUCAACGAACGAAAGCAGUGGAAUCCGUGUUGGACUGUUAUAUCUUAACUAGCUGAGAAAGAACAACGCGACGGAGGCAGUGAAUUCGGAGGAAAUAGAUAUCUGACCAAAUCUCCGUCCGAUGAACAAAAAGUACUAAUAGCAUCGUAUAAACGCGUAGAAACAAAAUGGCCGCUCAACGAGAAGUUUACGAGGUGGCCCGAGCUAAAUCGUUCGUGCAAGAGGUAUAAACGUUCGUUUUAUCGAACGCGUGACGCGAUCAUAAUCUAGUCCUUGACAAAUUCUCUACGUAUCAAUCACCUCCAUCAACUCCAUUUCGCUCCUACUUGCUCGAUCGUCCCACGCAGUCGCGAUCGAUGUCAAUUCUCGAAUCUCCGUAGACGCGUAACGACUCGAUGAAGACGCCCGUUGUUUGAGUACCACCGUCUUCGAUAAUUAAAACCGAGUUCUCGCGGGGAGGAGGGAUCAUGUCCGAACACGGCGACAGCGACGUGGACGCGACGGAGGAGAUCAACGUGGACGACUCGGAUUCUCGGAGCUGCAGUCCGCGAAAUUACGCGAGCCACGAUGGCCGCCACGUGUCCCAGGAGACCUCCGAGUGCUCCACUUCGCCGCCUCCCAGUCAGACCAGCGCGAGGACGCUGGCGAAUGACGCUCCUCGUAGCCAUCCGUUCAGCAUAAGCCGUCUGCUGGGCGAGAGCGGCGUCCAGAAUCCCAAGAGUCCGUCCUCGGAAGAGCCGGACAGCGACAAGGAGAGGAAGUGGUCUUGGGAGGAGGGCAACAACAAUAAUAACAACAACAACAAUAACAACAACAACCAGGCGUCCGCGGGUGGUCACGUUCUCGACGACGGCAGGCGGUCUUGGGGCCACGACGCCGAGGAGAAACUGUCGGAGAAGGACGACGACGACAGCACGCCCGACACUCGCGCCAACUCCUCCUCGUCCGUUCAUUGCACGUCGGCAGCAGAUCUCCUCGCCCCUUUCCGCGUCUUCCCCGCCGGUUUCAUCUACACCGGCGGCGGCGUCAUAAGGGUACCAGCGCAUCGGCCACCGGGCGCGAACGGCGCGCCGGCCAGCGCUUUGCCCGCACAAGCGUUGAUACCACCCUGGAGUUUGCAGGCCCUUCAGCACAGCCAGCAACAAGCCGCGGCGGCCGGCCUGCACAGAGCGAGCCUCCUGGCGAACCUCGCUGCGCACCCUCUCCAGGCGCAUCCGCAUCUCAAGGACAGAUUGGCAGUGGCUGGACCGUUUCCGAGGCGGAUCGGUCAUCCCUAUCAGAACCGGACGCCACCGAAGAGGAAGAAACCGAGAACGAGCUUUACCAGGCUGCAAAUCGCGGAGCUGGAAAAACGCUUUCACAAACAGAAAUACCUGGCCUCCGCCGAGCGAGCGGCAUUGGCGAAGUCGCUAAAGAUGACGGACGCGCAGGUGAAGACCUGGUUCCAAAACAGGCGGACGAAAUGGAGGAGGCAGACGGCAGAGGAGAGGGAGGCCGAGAGGCAAGCCGCGAAUCGACUCAUGCUGUCACUGCAAGCCGAGGCCCUUGGCAAAGUGGCGUACCCGACGUCGGUGUCCGGGCACCCGGGCGGCGGCCCGGUGUCCAGUCUGGACAGGCAGCAGACGUCGACGACGGCUCUGACCCAUCCCGGCGUCGGCCAAUGGGCCUCGCCUUACGGCCCGCCGCAGCCACUGGCCGAGCCGAUUUGCUGAAGCGCGACGACAAUCCGAGAGACUGUCGUCAAGUGAGUCCGCCGUCUCGUCCUCCUCGUCCUUCCUCGCGUCUAGAAUCUGGAAUGAGAAUCCGCAGUCGGAUUUGCAUUCCGUUUCUUCUUUUUU